AAUAUUAGAAAAAAUAGUGCAGCUGAUCAAGUCUAAAUAAACAUUUCAAUUAAGUAAAUUGAAAUUUAAUUAAAAUAAAAAUUAAUAAAGAAAAUUUCAUUCUGAGACAUCAUUAUGCGUAAAUAUCAACAGCUGCUGUUAUUGCUAAUAUCGGUCAUAAGUGUUGGAGUUCUUUUCAUGUACAAAACGGAGAAUAAUCGAUUGAAAGAUGUCUUGCAUGUUAUUAAUUUCUUUGGACGCAACGAUGCAGCUAUUUUAAAGAGAAUCGAAAAUAAUGCAACUAUGAAUUAUUUAAUUGAUUACCUACAUCCUUUGGCGGUAUGGCAAUCAAUUGGCGAUAAUUUUCAUGGUUAUUCGGCACAUUGGAAACGCAAUGAGUUAGUGGCUGGUGGAGAGGCAGUGGUGCUGGUAGUUGGUCGUAAAGGAGUCGUUUUGAAUUUUAAAUGUUCUCUCAGCUUUAAAGGUAGCUCUUCAAAUAUACAAGGCAAAUUUCGUUUCCAGAGACUUGAUAAAGAUGGAGAUGACGACAAUUCCGAUUUUACUCGUUAUAAUUUCUAUUGUCGAGUUACACGCGACUUUGGUCUGCCCGAAACAGUUACGUUCAAUGACCUCACUAGUAGCAGUAAAAAUGGACAUUCAUUAAGGCUUCGUCAUGUUAAAGUUAUUGAUGAGCUAUCAAAGAAAUUAGCCACACAUCCCUUAACUGUUUGUGUAGAUCUGGUAAGUCCAGAAUUCCAAAAUAUGACUGUGAUAGACAAACAAGGUCCGGAAUUAUUGGAAUUUUUCAUACAUCAUUUUGCUUUGGGUAUAGAGGAUUUCAUAAUAUACAAUGGAGAUAGUUUACCCCAAAAUUUACUACCCUUGUUAAACCGUUUUAAUAUACGUAUUCAUUUGUUGCCAUUUAAUUUUCCAUACACAAUGCAAAAUGCCAGUGAAAGAAUACGUGGUCUUAUUGAAUCAGAUUGCUUGCUAAGAUCAACAAACAGAGCUCGUCACUGUCUGUUACUGGCUCCCAAUGAAUUCUUCUAUCCCAACACAAAACUUGACCAUCAGAAAUCUAUCGUCCGCGCCCUAAAUCACUACUCAAACGAGGUAUCCCGCUUUGACUUGCCAGUAUUUGCUGUUUGUAAAUCCGAAAAAUACAAAUAUUUAUUCGAAAACAAUUUAUACGACCCCGAACUUCGUCCUUUGCAUACAAUUUCGAUAUACAGACCACAAGAUACAGGAAUAGCUCUAAGUGCCGAGGAUUUAUCGAAUACUCCCAGGCGAAUUGCAUUGCCUUUGUCACAAGUAUUCACGCAUCGUUAUGUCAAUUGUUUACACGUAGGUAAAGACGGGCUACACGAUUGGCGCAAUUCUUUGAGAGAGGAUUUCAUGCAACACAUACAAAGACUCAAUCAAGAGAUUAAGAUUUUAAUAUAACUUGUUAUAUAGAAUUUAGACUAUUAGAAUUUUACUCUUUUUACAUUUCCAGUCUUCCUUGAAUCGUUUUUUUUUACAUCUUAGGUUUAAAAUUUUUAAAAAUUAAAAAAGCACAUUUUGCUUCCGCACUUCAUAAUAAUUAUCUGUAUUAAAUAAAACCAUUUUGUAUUUCAAUUACUUUAUACGAA